AAGAAGAGCUGUCAGGUGCGGGGAAACCAUCUGAGGAGGAGACAAACACAGAAAAUGCUGCUUGGCUGGCGGACGGCUGAGCUGCUGCUGCUGCUGCUGCUGCUGCUGCUGCCAGCAGCUAGUCUGGCUGAAAGUGGAGAGAGAAGUGCUGACCUGGUUUCUGAAUCCAGAAUCAGCUGCGUGUCUCACAUCAGCACAAAGGAGAUCAGUCUAACCUGCAAGCUGGUUGGCAGCGGGAACGAGGACGAUGAAGAUGAGGACGAUGAAGAUGAGGACGAGGCUGUGGAGGCCAUGACCGCGUGUUUCAAAAACCCGGUCCAGGAUAGAUUAAAGUGUCCUCAUGUGCGCGGAGACUCCAUCACCUUCACUGAUUUGACGCCUCUGACUCGUCUCAACUUGACCAUCCACUUGAGGAGGGGCGGCACCCUCACAAAAACUGUCCAGCUCAGCAAAAUCGCAGUUAAACCUCGGAGUCCCGAGGUGUGGAAUGUGACCGUCAACCAGGACUCCAACCAGGCUGUGUUUCACAUUCGGACUCCGUACCUCAAUGACUACCUGAAAGUUGAAAAUCAGCUCUUUCAGUUGGUCAUUUGGACCACGGAUACAAAGAUGAUUGAAAAUGUGUCAUCGUCCGACACGAUGACGAUCAACAUGGAGCACCUUCUUAAAAACCGCGACUACCACGUCAAAGUGCGAGCAAUACCAGUGGUUUUCCUGAAGGGGAGCUGGAGCGAGUGGAGCGACCCUUUGGACUUCUUCAUUCCUGAUGUUCGUGUAGGAAACCACAAGAGCGAGGAGUUGGUGCGAAGUCUGAUGGCGUGUUUCGUCCCUUUGGGCGUGCUGGCGAUAUUCUCUGUUUUCUUCUGGAAAAAGAUCUUUCCUUACAUAUGGCCCAAGAUUCUACAUCCGAAACCCAUACUGGUGCAGAACUGCAAAGCCAAUAAAACUUCUCUGCUACUCAACCUAAAACCCGAGGAGUUCAGCGCUCUUAAAAUCUACCCGGCGGUAGAAAAAGACGAGCAAGAACCGGUCAAGGGUCUUAGAAAUGGGAAUGACCCCUGUUCCACACAAAGCUCUGACUGCAGCGCCGACACAGAGGUACUGGAGCUUUCCAUUCUGCUCAGCAGCAGCUGCUCCGAAGGAAACAACAGCCUUCAGAGCUCCGAUUCGCUGCUGGUGGAGACUCCUGAUGCGACACAUGGCAGUGGAGUAAAUCUAAAGGAGGAGGAUUACGUCACCAUGUCCAGUUUCUACCAAAUCAAGUAGGUUAAAAGUUGGAGGAGCUAGGAUCUAAGACCCAUCCCAAGGGUUUCUAUUGGUUCUGUGUCAUCAGGAGACACCACCACUGUGGAAACUAUAAUAAUAAUAAUAAUGGAUUAGAUUUAUAUCGCGCUUUUUCUAUUAUUAUAUACUCAAAGCGCUCACAGAGAAGUGGGAACCCAUCAUUCAUUCACACCUGGUGGUGGUAAGCUACAUCUGUAGCCACAGCUGCCCUGGGGUAGACUGGUGGAAGCGUGGCUGCCAGUUUGCGCCUACGGCCCCUCCGACCACCACCAAUCAUUCAUUCAUCAUUCAUUCACCAGUGUGAGCUUCACCGGGGGCAAAGGGUGAAGUGUCCUGCUGCCCAAGGACACAACGGCAGCGAUUUGGAUGUCAAUAGGUGGGAAGCGAACCUGCAACCCUCAGGUUUCUGGCACGGCCGCCCCCCCCUGAGGCGUUCCCAGGCCAGCCGGGAGACAUAGUCUUCCCAACGUAUCCUGGGUUUUCCCCGUGGCCUAAACACCUCCCGAGGGAGACGUUCGGGUGGCAUCCUGACCAGAUGCCCAAACCACCUCAUCUGGCUCCUCUCGUUGUGGAGGAGCAGC